CUUGUUCUUCCUUCCUCGUCUCUCGUUGCGAAUUUACGUCUGUAUUCUUUUUUUUUUCCAUAUGGGGUCUUGAUUUUCUCCUCUCCUUUGGUCGCGGAAUCACUUCAGGCACUUGAGAAAUUCUCGAAUUUUGUGUUUUUUUUUGUAAGUGCGGUUGUGUUCUUCCAGAUCUUUUGCCGCCAUGGAUCGUGGAGGUAUUCCCUCAUUGUCUAUGGCUUCUGAUUCUCAACGUGAAAGCCGCCCAUUAGCUCCAUCUACUGAAGCCGUUCCCUUGUCCCCCAAUUGCCAUCAACCCUUCACUGAUAAGAUGAGGAUAAGCCCUUGUCCUGAUUCUUCCGACCAAGUUGGAGUCGCUGAUUCUGAUUCGGACGAAGCGAUAGUUGAUUCCAUUUAUCAGAACCUACUGGAAUCCGUUGUCGCCCUGCAGAUCCGGGGCAGUGGUGGUAAUAAUCCAACCGAACUCUGGGCUUUUAAUGAUUGCAAGACUCCUGUACCUGUCCACUGCCCUUACCACCAACAACACAACCCAGAUACCUGUCCUGGGGCUCCCGUCAAGCCAUCCAUGGUUUCAAGGAACAACCUUUCUGGCUCUCGCAGAAAUCUCUUCUGAUUUCAACCACUUUUACUGUACAUAAGAUAGCUUAGUAUCCAGCCUUGUAUUUUGCCGUAGUAACUAUUGUUCGUGGGGGCAAAGUUGGCAGUUUGGUCAUGAGCCACAGUGGUUGUUCCAGUUCUCUCAAAAAAGGACAAAAACCAAUGCUUUAUUUUC